AUGCCCGGAGAAUACGCGAAUCCGGCACGCGAGGCUGGCGACUUGAAGGAUGAGAAACUCGAACUUGCGUACGAAGAAGGACAUGAUGCCGAUAUACCCUCGAAUCUCGGCACAUAUACGUCACCCCAGCACACCGGAGGUAAUGUCGAUCUUGAAAAAGCGGUGCGGAGCAAUGCCGACUCUCAGGAUGAAUCAACGCUUGGAGAAGAAGUCACUGCGACCACCCAGGAAGGGGAGACAGAUCCGAAUAUUGUAGAUUGGGAUGGCCCAGACGACCCGCAGAAUCCAAUGAAUUGGCCCGACAGUAAGAAAUGGGGGAUUAUUGGGGUUCUGUCUGCUGUUACACUAAUCACGUACGUUGAUCGUGAACCGUUUAACCGCCUCCUUUUCUUGGCUAACGGCUACAGACCCCUCGCAUCCUCAUUCUUUGCACCAGGUGUACCAGAAGUCAUGCGCUCAUUUGGUGAAACCUCAAAUUUGCUUGCAUCCUUCGUAGUUUCGGUUUAUAUUCUCGGUUUCGCAAUUGGCCCUCUGAUAAUUGCUCCCAUGAGCGAAUUAUAUGGCCGGAUGCCAAUUUACAAUAUCUGCAAUUUCCUCUUCCUUAUCUUCACCAUAGCAUGUGCCGUCAGCACCAACCUAAACAUGCUCAUCGGCUUUCGAUUUCUCGCUGGAUGUGCUGGUUCCUCGCCCCUCACGAUUGGUGGUGGCACGAUUGCGGAUCUCAUGCCCCGCGAGAAGCGAGCAGGCGCAAUGGCGAUUUGGGCCAUGGGACCUUUGAUUGGCCCUGUUGUUGGCCCUGUAUGCGGUGGCUUUUUGGUCGAAGCCAAGGGGUGGAGGUGGGUGUUCUGGAUCCUUGCCAUUUUUGUAAGUACUUCUCGUACUUCUCGUACUUUUCCUUCUGCUUCCUCCAUCGUGUUAUCAUAUAACCUAGAACAUGAUUGGAGGAGAGUCAAUCCAUCCAGGCUCUUGCUAAACUCCAGGAGAAUUUCAACAGGUGGAUUUUUCUCCCUCCUCCUUCUCGUAACUAGUCGCGAAACAUACGCCGUUACUAUCCUCGAACAAAAAGCCGCCCGUCUGCGAAAAGAAACAGGAAAUCCAAACUUACGCUCGAAACUCACACUCCAGAUUUCACCGGGCGAACUCUUCAAACGCAGCAUCGUGCGCCCGAUGAAGAUGCUCUUCCUUUCGCCCAUUGUGCUUCUCAUGUCCAUCUACAUCUCUAUCAACUACGGCAUUCUUUACCUACUAUUUACAACCAUUACUUUUGUCUUUGAGGGCCAAUACCACUUCUCCUCUGGCAUUGUCGGUCUUUCGUACAUCGGUGUCGGAGCCGGUAUGCUCAUUGGAAUGGUCGUCUUGGGUAUCAUGAGCGACAAGAUCAUCAAGAAACAUCAAGCAAAAGGCAAUGUAAAACCUGAACAUCGCCUCCCCGUCAUCUUGACGCUGCCUGGUUCAAUCGGUCUUCCCAUCGGCCUAUUCCUCUACGGAUGGACGACUGAGAAGAAAGUCCACUGGAUCGCGCCGAUAAUCGGCACAGCUUUCGUUGGUCUCGGAAAUCUCACAGGCAUGAUGACGGUGCAGACAUACCUCGUCGAUGCGUUUACUUUACAUGCCGCUUCUGCCAUCGCAGCAAACACCGUCCUGCGAUCUAUCUUCGGCGCCUUACUACCCCUCAGUGGUCUCAGUAUGUACGACGCUUUAGGCUUAGGAUGGGGGAACAGUCUUCUCGGAUUCAUUGCGUUGGCGUUAGUGCCCGUGUUGGUUCUCUUCAGAUAUUAUGGUCAAUUUCUAAGCGUAGCUACUUGCAUUCGAGGAUAUUUGAGGAUGGGCUUAACUGGUAAAUUGGGUAAUUUUGCAUUAGCAUGGCGUUCUUUUGGCGGCGCACGCGAUAUGGCACUGCUUGCAGCGCUGUCCGUUUGCCGUCCACCCCAACACCAGGAAAUUCUUUCUAAUAUUUUUUCUGCCCUCCAACAACCCAUGGGCCUAGCAACACCGUACCAUCGCACAGCCACAACCCACGCCCAUCUGCUUAUCACUGUACCAAUCGGCCCUUUUCCAAACAAAAUGUACUGCUACACCGACCUCACUUUCGAAAUCCACCCUCUUCGAUCUCCUACUGCAUCGCCGCCUCAACCUAGGAUCCCAAACUCUUGCUCACCGUGUUUCCCGCUCAUUCGAAAUCAGGGGAUUGAAGAGUCAGAUAAUGAGGAGGGACCUGACAUCCAGAUUUCGCGUCUUCUGGCCUGGGAUAUGGUCGAGGACGGGGACCUGGAUUUUCGGUCCUUCGAUUCAGACACUAACGGGUUGGAUUCCUAGAACUGGGGGACAGAGCCAUUUUCCUAGCAGAGUUCUGAACCAUCAGACUCGGGGCUCGACAUAUGAUGAGGCCUUGAAAAGGUACAG